UCUUGUCCUAGAUUAUACAAUUCUUAUCCAAAAAAAUGUGUGCUGAAAAUGGAGAUUUUUCUGUUCAUGUCACCAAUGAAGAGGUGGUGGCUGCACUGUUACCAAUGCAAGAACAUUGGCUUCCACUCUCCAACCUUGACCUGCUUUUACCUCCGGUGGAUGUGGGAAUUUUCUUUUGCUACAACAACCCUAUUCUCACAUCCACAACCAUGGAAGAUUGUGCCACCAACAAAAUGAUUUUUGGAACCAUGGUGGGGUCUUUGAAAAAGGCCUUGGCACAAACCCUAAUCUCUUAUUAUGUGUUAGCAGGUGAAGUGGUGCUCAACAAUAUGGGUGAACCUGAAGUUCUCUGUAACAAUCGUGGUGUUGAUUUUCUUGAAGCUGAAGCAGACAUUGAACUCAAGAACCUCAACUUUUACAACCCAGAUCAAUCUAUUGAAGGCAAGUUUGUUCCAAAGAAGAAAAAUGGUGUGCUUGUUGUCCAGACAACAGCACUGAAAUGUGGAGGAAUAAUAGUAGCAUGCACAUUUGAUCAUCGCAUAGCAGAUGCAUAUUCAACAAACAUGUUUCUUGUUUCAUGGGCUGCCAUGGCCAACCCCACCACUACCAUUCUCGCCGCCACUUCCUGCCACCCAUGUUUCCGCCGCUCCCUCCUCAGCCCACGCCGUCCAGGUUCCAUCCACCCUUCUCUGCACCAAAUGUACACUUCCAUCUCCCACCUCCCUCCCCCUCCCACCACCGCCGGCACCACUCUCCUCAGCCGCAUAUACUACGUCACGGCGGAGCAGCUUCAGCACAUGCAGUCCCUCGCCGCCACGCGCACGAAGCUGGAGUGUUUCUCCGCAUUCUUAUGGAAGAUGGUUGCACGUGCAGCUUCACGAGACACAAAUAGUAAAAGGGUUACUGCCAAAAUGGGCAUUGUGGUUGAUGGAAGGAAGAGACUGGGCAAUGGUGACAAAGAGAGCGAAGCAAUGAUGGAGUGUUACUUUGGGAACGUGCUUUCCAUACCCUUUGGAGGGAAACUGGUGGAGGAGUUGGUGAAGGAGCCGUUAGGGUAUGUGGUGGAGGCUGUUCACGAGUUUUUGGCGGCGGCGGCCACGGAGGAGCACUUCUUAGGACUCAUUGAUUGGGUGGAGGCUAAGAGGCCGAUUCCUGGAGUGUCCAGAAUUUACUGUAACCGUGCCGACGAGGGACCGGCGUUUGUGGUGUCGUCCGGUCAGAGGUUUCCGGUGGAGAAGGUGGAUUUUGGGUGGGGGAAAGCGGUGUUUGCAUCGUACCAUUUUCCUUGGGGUGGUGAAGCUGGUUAUGUUAUGCCAAUGCCAAGUCCUCUGGGGAAUGGUGAUUGGGUUGUUUACAUGCACCUUGCAGAGAAGCACCUGGACAUCAUAGAGACUGAAGCUGCUCAUGUGUUUAAGCCCUUGACUUGGGACUACCUUAUGCAAUAAUCGUUGAUAUGUUGUUGUUAAUUAUGCUGUUAAUUUACUGUUAUGUACGUCUUUGUUUAACCAGCCAUUUAGUUGUUGUAACGAAACUUAUGUUAGGUGGUUGGUUCGUCAAAGCUAGUGAAUUGUGAAACAUUGUUAAUUUGAAAGGGUUUCCGUUUA